GCCACCUCGCCGCGGUGGCGGAGCAAAACAAGAGGGAGUUCGCCGGGAACCAAGUGGUGGUGAGCUCGAGGUGGAAUCCGACGCCGGAGCAGCUCCAGAUGCUGGAGGAGCUUUACCGGCGGGGGACGCGGACGCCGUCCGCCGACCAAAUCCAGCAAAUCACGGCGCAGCUCCGGAAGCACGGGAAGAUAGAAGGGAAGAACGUGUUCUACUGGUUCCAGAAUCACAAAGCGCGGGAACGCCAGAAACGCCGCCGGCAGCUCGAAGCCGCGGAGGCCGCCGCCACCGGCGGCCCCGCCGCCGAUAGUGACAAGUCGUCGCUAGCUAACAACGGGGACAAUAAUUCAGAAGGAAAAGACUCUGGGGCAAAUAAGAGAGGGUGUGAAGUGGAUGAACAACAGACCAUAAAUCUGUCAUCAACCCAUACAUCACUUAAUGCAGAGAAAAGCAAGUCCGUACAAAUGGGAACAAAUGAAAACAAAGAUGAGGCUGAUGAAAUAAUGCAACAAAAAAGGAGCUCGAGAGAGAAGAGUGCCACGUGGAGCAACCAAAUAUCGUCGCCGCCGUCCCGCCAACGCCACCUCACCGUCGCCGCCAUCGACCACCCGACCUCCUCUUCGUCCACCGGCACAGCCACACCGUUCCUCCUCCCGCCCCCGCACCACCCUAAUUUCGGCUUCUCCGUGGGCCCGCCAAACUAUUACGACGCCGAAUGUGGGUCCCAAACCCUUCAGCUCUUCCCUCUCGGCCGCGGAGACGAAUGUGGAAACGGCGGCAAAACCCCGCCGGCCGCCGGGAACACCGCCGUCCGGGCCACGCUUGUUGCUCAUCGGUUGUUGGAAUUUGUUGAUGGUACUGCGCAGCCACCGCCUCCCACAAUUGUCGACGAAAAGGCUCCAGCGGCUGCCGAUGGAGUUCCGGUUCUCAAACCGAAUCCGGCUUAUGAGCAGUGGACUAUUCUUGACGCUCAACUCCGUGCUGCUCUUCUUGCCACACUAUCUUCCUCAGUUCAGAAUCUUGUUCAUCUAUGCCCUACUGCUGCUGCCAUCUGGGAUCACCUUCAUCAACGGUAUAAUUCUCUUUCUCGCACGCAUAUCUUCCAACUCAAAGAGCAACUUCACAAUUUACGUAAGGGAGAAUUGUCUAUGCAAGCAUAUCUUGACGAGGCUCUCAAAAUUGUCACUGCACUUUCUCUAGCACGAGAGCCUGUCCCCGAACAAGAUCUUAUUCUCAAUGUCCUACAUGGUCUUCCCUCGGAAUAUGCAUCCCUCAAACAAAAUGUUCGAACAAACAUUACUGAUCUCACGUUCAACAAGAUGUUCAUACCGCUCUCUAUACUCAUAAUCGUGGAGGAGGAUCACGUGGGCGUGGGCGAGGACGACUGCCCAGUUUCCGGGGAGGACGCAUCAGUGGUAAUGGGGGCCGAACCUCUUCUGACUGUAACAUUGGCCGAGGUCGCAGCAGUGGUCAGCGGAAUCCUUUACUUAUUUGUCAAAUUUGUGGCAGGUCUAAUCAUGGAGCGUGGCAGUGUUGGGAUCGUUAUAAUGAAGAUGUCAAUGGCCCUUCUCAACGAACGAACAAUCAAGCCUUGUACACUUCCGCCAUUCCUGUGUUCCUUCCAAGCUCAGCAGCUCCAUUACAAAGAAACAGAUGAACCGCCGGAAGUCGACAUUGAUCGGCACACGGCCGUCACAAACAGAGCCUACUGGACCAGGAGAAUCCACAAGCUCUGUGCCGGCGACCGCAAUGUCGACGGAGCUCUUCUCCUUCUCGAUCAUCUCCGCCUGCGCGGAUACAUUCCCGACUCCCUUAAUCUCAGCAGCGUCAUCCAUGCCCUGUGCGAUGCCGGCCGCUUCCCGGAAGCUCACCGCCGGUUCUCUCUCGCCGCGUCCGUCCACUCUGACGUGCUCGACGAGCGGACCUGUAACGUCAUCAUCGCUCGCUUGCUCGACUCGCGUAGCCCGGAAUCAACCCUUGGUGUAAUCCGGUCUUUGUUUCGUGGAAAGCCGGAGUUUGUGCCUUCUUUGAUGAACUACAACCGUUUGAUUGAUCAAUUUUGUGCGGUUUCAAUGCCCCGUGAUGCCCACCGGGUGUUCGAUGAAAUGCGUGACAGAGGGCACUUUCCGAAUGUUGUUUCUUACACGACUCUGAUCAAUGGUUAUUGUAGGGUAGGGAAAAUCAGUGAUGCCUGGAAUCUGUUCGACGAAAUGUCUAGCCGGGGAGUGAGUCCUAAUCCACUCACUUAUAGCACGUUAAUCCGCGGGGCUCUCAGAAAGAAGGAUGUCGAGAAGGGAAAAGCAUUGAUGGGAAAUCUGUGGAAGGCAAUGACCAUUGAGGAGGAUACGCUUGUCAACUCUGCGGCAUUUUCUAACUUGAUUGAUUCUUUAUGCAGAUCGGGUUUGUUCCAUGAAGUGUUCAAUAUUGCAGGAGAAAUGCCUCAAGGAAAGAGUGUGGCUAAUGAGUUUUCAUACGGGCAAAUGAUUGAUUCGCUUUGUAGAUAUGGGAUGUACAAUGGGGCUGCAAGAAUCGUUUAUAUGAUGAAGAAGAGAGGAUUGAACCCAGGCUUAGUAGCCUAUAACACGAUCGUUCAUGGGAUAUGUAAAGAAGGUGACUUUUUCAGAGCUUAUCAAUUAUUUGAUGAAGGGAUUCGAUUUGGAUACUCUCCCUCAGAGUUCACAUACAAACUGUUGAUUGACGGUCUUUGCUCUCUAUUCGACCUUGCCAAGGCGAAGAAUGUCCUGAAUAUCAUGCUAAGAACAAAAUCUGCAGACAAAACUAGGAUUUACAACAUAUAUCUGAGAGCAACCUGUCAAACUGGUAAUCCUGCCCAUCUGUUAAACACACUUGUAACCAUGCUUGAAUCACAAUGUGAACCCGAUGUUAUAUCCCUUAAUAUUGUCAUCAACGGGUUUUGCAAAAUGGGAAGAGUUGAUGAAGCUAUGAAGGUACUUCAAGAUAUGAUGAGCGGGAAGAAGUUUUGUUCUCCAGAUGCAGUUACAUACACGACAGCCAUUACAGGUUUGCUUGAAGUAGGGAGGGAUGAAGAAGCUCUAAACUUAUUACGUUACACAAUGCCCGAGAGUGGUAUUACUCCAAAUGUCGUGACUUACAAUGCCGUUCUUCGUGGGUUCUUCAAGAUGCAUAGGGUUGAUGAAGCAAUGGAGAUCUUUAACACCUGCAGAUUUCCCGCCGAUUCUACAACUCACACCAUUAUAAUCGAUGGAUUAUUCGAUUCGGGAAGGGUAGAUGAAGCAAAAAAAUUUUGGGAUGCUGUUGUUUGGCCAUCUAGAGUUCAUGAUGGGUAUGUGUAUUCUGCAAUUCUGAAAGGGCUUUGCCAAACAGGAAGAGUAGAAGAUGCUUGUGACUUCUUGUAUGAAUUGGUGGAUUGUGGGGUUUCUUUGUGCCAUGUAAAUUACAACAUUGUGAUUGAUGGUGCCUCUAGGUUUGGGUUGAAGAAAGAAGCUUAUCAGAUUGUGUGUGAAAUGAGAAAGAAUGGGCUUACACCCGAUGCAGUGACAUGGAGAAUUCUUGAUAAGUUGCACAAAAAAACAAGAACGAAGCUCUAAUCACUGAGGAGUGAAUUAAGGCAAUAAGAUGAUACUUCACACUAGGCCAAGAUCUAUCAUCCUAGGUAAGAAAACGAAGUUAUUGCU